AUGGCAGGAGCCACCUGCCUGUCCCGGGACAAGUGGCGGGCCUUGCCCGCCCAUCCCGAAUCAAGUGGCGGGCCUUGCCCGCCCAUCCCGGGACACGUGUUGGGCGCCUCCCGCCUGUCCCGGGACACGUGGCGGGCACCACCCGCCCUUCCCGGGACACGUGGUGGGCCUUGCCCGCCCCUCCCGGGACACAUGGCAGUAGCCGCCUGCCCAUCCCUGGACACGUGGAGGGCCUCGCCCUCCCGUCCCAGGACACGUUGCAUCUGCCGCCCGCCCAUCCCGGGACACUUGGUGGGCCCUGCCCACCCGCCCGUCCCGGGGCAAGUGGUGCGGGAGUGCGUGCGAGGUGGCCCAAGUGAGUGGGUGCCCAUGGCCCCGCCCCCCCCCCGCCGCACGUCCCCCUCCCCCCCCGGCCCGCCUCGGUUCCUCGGAUCCCGGUCCGUUCCCAUUGGACGCGUAGCUAGGUGCCCCAGCCCCGCCUCUCCCAGGAUGCGUGGGGGCCCCGCCUCCGGGCCCCUCGUACCGGGACAGUGGCGGGCCGUCCCGCCGCCCAUCCGGGACACGUGGCGGGCCUCGCCCGCCCAUCCCGGGACACGUGGCGGGCCCUGCCCGCCCGCCCAUCCUGGGACGCAUGGCGGGCCCCGCCUGCCCGUCCUGGAAUGCAUGGCGAACCCCGCCCACCCGUCCUGGGACGCGUGGCGAGCCCUGCCCGCCUGUCGCGGGACGCGUGGCAGGCCCCACCUGCCCAUCCCAGGACACGUGGCUGGCCCCGCCUGCUCAUCCUGGGACGCGUGGCGAGCCCCGCCCACCCGUCCAGGGAUGCAUGGCGGGCCCUUCCCUCCCGUCCAAGGACGCAUGGCAGGCCUCGCCCACCCAUCCCCGGACACAUGGCAGGGCCUGCCCGUCCGUCCUGGGACGCGCAGCGAGUCCCGCCCACCCGUCCUGGGACAUGUGGCGGGUCCCGCCCGCCUGUCCCGGGAUAUGUGGUGGGCCUCGCCCGUCUGUCCAGUCAUAGACAACACCUCUGCUUAUUCUUAG